GGCCCUUCGCCCUGCUCCACAUAGGCUGUGUUUUGUAAACAGGGGGCUACUGUGCAGCAGUAUGGGGUGUGCGCGCCGCUAGUGAUGUUUGGUUCAACUCGCCUCUGGCCCCUGUGGACUCUCUGUAUACUCCUGACCGCAGCCAGCGAGAGCUCAUCACAAGCUGACAGCUUGCGGCUGACGUGGCUGGCCAACUCCUCGUUAACUUGCAACGAUGGAACCCCGGCCGGGUACUACAUCCGUCGCGGCAGCAGCAGCCACCUGGUGAUGUACCUGGAGGGCGGCGGGUACUGCUGGGAUGGCGCCUCGUGCCGCGCGCGCUGGCGCCGCCGCCCCGCGCUCAUGUCGUCCGCGCGCUGGCCGCGAGCGCGCCGCGCCCCCGCCCUGCUGUCCACCGACCCCGCCGCCAACCCGCUGUGGCACGCCUCCACCCACGUGCUGCUGCCCUACUGCUCCAGCGACAUGUGGGCUGGCACCCGUCUGCGGACCGCCAACGACAGCUUCGCCUUCACCGGCCACCUCAUAGUGCGCGCCGUCCUGGGCGAACUCCUCCGCCUAGGACUAUCGGGACGGCUGCUGCUCGUGGGGUCGAGCGCGGGCGCGGCCGGCGUCAUGCUGCAUGCGGACGGCGCGCGCCGCCUGCUGCGCCCGGCCGGCGUGCGCGUCGCCGCCAUCGCCGACUCCGGCUGGUUUCUCGACCGGCCGCCGCGAGCUCGCCGCACGCCGGGCGCCGACGUCGUCGCGCGGCUUGGGCACGCGCUGUGGGCGGGCCGGCCGCCGGCGUCGUGCGCCCGCCGGCACCCGGCUGAGCCCUGGCUCUGUUACUUCGGCUACCGGCUGUACCCGCACAUCCGGACGCCGCUGUUCGUGUUCCAGUACCUGUUCGAUUCGGCCCAGCUGACGGCGGAGGGGGUGCGGGCGCCGCGCACGCGCGAGCAGUGGGACGCGGUGCACGAGACCGGCGCCGCCAUCCGGGCGAGCCUGCGGAGCGUGCGGGCGACGUUCGCGCCGGCGUGCAUCGCGCACGGGGCGCUGGCGCGGCCGGAGUGGCUGGCGAUUAACGUGUCGGGUGUGUCGCUGCCGCGCGCGCUGGGGUGCUGGGAAGCGCGCGUGAGCGGGGCGCGGCGGAGGGAGCGGGCGCGGUGCGCGCCGCGCCGGCUGGUGGAGCGGUGCUCGUGGCCGCAGUGCAACGGCUCGUGCCCGCGGCUGCGCGACCCGCGCACGGGCGAGGAGGUGGCGCUGUCGGCGCUGCUGCAGAGCUUCGGGCUGGACGUGCGGGGCGCGGCGGCCGCCAUGGGGCUGGACGCGCGCGCGCUCUCCCGCAUGAGCCGCGCCGAGCUGCUGCCGCUGCUGGCGCCUCACACGUGA